AUGAAAGUUUGUAAGUUCAAGUACGUGCAGAUUUUUCGUCGGCGGGAACGUUAUGUAAAAGGUUUCGACGCCGGUCGUUACGCCGGUUAUUUUAAACUGAGGUUAAAAGUGGGCCAGAGAAAUCUUCACAACGUGUUGCAGUACAGUAUGAUAAUUCUGCUGAUAUUCACCGUCAUCGCGUCGAUCUGCAGAGGCGAUCUCUUCCUGGAUAUCGUUAAGAACAACAUCCAGCCAGUCGGAGAAAGUCCUGAAUUCACGAAUAUCGCCAAGUACGACUUCAUCGUCGUAGGAGCUGGAUCGGCAGGCUCCGCGAUAGCUAAUCGCCUGUCGGAGAACAAGAAAUGGAGGGUCCUGCUAUUGGAAGCGGGAUACCCGCAAAACCUACUCAACAAAGUCCCCAUAUUGGUCGGCUAUUACCAAUUAACCGAUUUUAACUGGGGAUACAAGGUAGAGCCGCAGAAUAACGCUUGUCUAGGGAUGAUCGAUCAUCAGUGCUCCUGGCCGCGUGGCAGAGCGUUGGGCGGUACGAGCACCUUGAACUACAUGAUCCACACGCGCGGGAGCAAACAAGAUUACGAUAACUGGGCUAGUUUGGGCAACGUGGGCUGGUCCUACGCGGACGUUUUUCCGUACUUCAAGAAAAGCGAAAGAUUCAACAUACCAAGCAUCAAGACAACAAGGCAUCAAGGCAACUCCUCGUACCACGGUGAAAACGGCUACGUGUGCGUGGAAUACGUGCCCUGCCAUACGAAGCUGGCGGACGCGUACCUGGAAGCUGGCCGAGAACUCGGCUACGACGUCGUGGACUACAAUGGCCAGAAUCAGAUAGGUUUCUCAUACCUUCAGGUAAAUAUGGACCGAGGAGCGCGUUGCAGCGCGGCCAGGGCUUAUCUCGAUACGAUCAAUCGCGCGAACUUGAACAUCGUCACCGGUGCUAGAGUGACGAAAGUGUUGAUCGACGGCGACAAGCGCGCGUAUGGUGUCGAAUAUAUCAAGGACGGUACGCUGAAGAAAGUGCUGUGCACGAAGGAAGUCAUCCUCUCGGCCGGUACGAUCGAUUCGGCCAAAUUGCUGAUGCUCUCCGGGAUCGGGCCUAGGGAUCACCUGGAGGAACUGGGUAUCCCGGUGAUACAGGACUCCAAGGUCGGCUAUAACAUGUACGAGCACAUCGGCUUCCUCGGGCUGACUUUCCUGGUGAACCAGAGCGUCUCUCUGACACAGAGCAGGAUAACUCCCAGCGUGAUGCUGGAAUAUUUGCUAUUCAGGGACGGUUUCAUGACGAUACCGGGUGGCGCCGAGGCACUGGCAUUUGUGAGGACCAAAUAUGCCGUCGACGAGAAGCCGGACGUCGAGCUCCUGUUCGUGUCCGGCUCCAUACACUCGGAUAACGGUAUGGUCAUGAAGGAAGUCUUGAGAAUCACGGAUGAACUGUACGACGCGGUAUUCAAGCCUAUCGAGAAUCAAGACGCCUGGUCGAUCUGGCCCAUCGUUCAACAACCCAGAAGCAUCGGCCGGCUCACGUUGCGAUCGAAGGACCCGCUCAAGCCGCCCAAGAUGGACCCGAACUUCUUCAGCCAUCCAGCCGAUCUCGAGAUCAUCCUCGAGGGAGUGAAGCACGCCAUCAACAUAUCCAAGACCGAGGCCUUCCAGGCUUACGGCAGCCGAUUGCACGACCUUAAAAUACCAGGUUGCCGGCAAUUCGAGUUCGCUUCCGACGAUUAUUGGCGAUGCGCCAUCAAGCAUCUGCCAUCUAUGAUGAACCAUGAAAUAGGGACCGUGAAAAUGGGGCCGCAGACGGACGCUCACGCAGUUGUGGACCCGCAACUGAGGGUGUACGGCAUUCAGAGGCUGCGAGUAGCGGACGCCUCGAUCAUGCCCGUGAUGCCCACCGGUCAUGUGAACGCAGGUAUUUUUAUGAUCGGUGAGAAAGCCGCGGAUAUGAUCAAGGAAACUUGGUACAGUGCGGAAUGA